UCAAGUUCUAUUAUUGACUCUUUGCACGUGACGUCAUGCCACUCAUGUGACCGUCCCCUUCACCAUGAUGGACGACAAAAAGAACGUAGAACCUCAAGUGAAUGAUAUCAAAACAAGCCAGUUUGUUUGUAGCCUUUUAUCGCUUUUAUUUAGUUGAUUUGACAGCAGAAUGGUUUUAGCUUGCUGCGUGGUUGGCUGCACUAAGAGACAAGGACGUAAACUCAACUCGUUUUUUCUUUUUAAUAACUUUGAUGGAGACUGAGGACGGAGCGAUCAAUCAAUCAAGCGGACUAUCAGGCCUCAGAUUUGCAGCGAACAUGGUAAAGCAGACCCUCAGAGUUGGGACUGGCUCCCUGACUGCAGACGUGUGGACCAGCCAUGCGACAGAGGCGCACCUUGGUGUUUCCUGCCAUUUUCUGAGACUGGAACAUGAAAAGCUUCAACCUAGCCACCAUGCCUCUAGAGGAGAGGCACACUGGAAUCCUUGUUUGUCCUGACUGUGAUCUUUGUGACCAUCCUGGGUCCUUGUGGUUGGAUUCUGUCUCGUUCGGACCAUCACAAAUGCAGAAAAUCAUGAAAGACACAAUGAAACAGAUUUACAAGAACUGUGCCUCGUCUCAUUUCAAUAAUUUUGGAUGGAUGAUAAACUUUCCCUUUUUUAUUGUAAUUUACGAGAGAAAACACGAGGUGUCGCUGUGAAGCGGCGGAAGUGACGUUUAGUUUGCGAAGGAAGUUGCGGUUCUCAGCACAUCAAUGAGAUAUUCCAUUAUUUACGCUUUUGAAUAAACCAUAUAACCUUCUCACAUAGCGCUAAAUCACGAAGCCGCAGAUGGCCGGCACGCAAAAACGAACAUUUGCGGGAAGAGUGUGCGGAACAGAGGCUGUGCUUUCGUUGCAAAAGGAGCUCGUUGCUGUGAUACACGGAGCUUUCGAGGUGGCCGUGGAGAUCGCGGUUCGAGAAGUGAAAACGCUCGUCGGCCAGGCGACAAGCGACAUCUACGAAGAGCUGCAGCGAGAGAACGAGUCCCUGAAAGAGAAGCUGCAGCGAGCGGAAGCUUUGCUGGAGUCGGUCCGCCUGGAGGAAAGUAACGGCAGCCUGCUUAGUCCACCAGGAGACCAACGGCAACAGGAGGACAGUUUAAACACCAGGGGCGGGGCGGAGAGUGAUGGGGUCAAAGGUGAUGCCUCGGGUCACAGCUGUGCAAGUUUGAACCUCCUGGGUGAAUUUGAAGAGAAACGUGAGGAGUUGAGGUCUAACAAAGAGGUGGUGGGACAAGGUGAAGAUUCAUCUUCAGAGCUGGAGAAAGAACAGAAUAAUGGUGCUCCUAAAGAUGUUUCCUCCCAUGUCGGUGCUGUGAAGAUGGAAAGCGUGAUCCCGGUGUGUCUGGACCCACAAGCUCCAGAAUCAGCACGGCCUCCCCACAGAGAAGGCACGUCCACCUUAGAACAAAUGAUCAUCAAACAGGAGAAGUCCGAGGAGGAACCGAAUGGUGCACCUUACUGCUUUGACCUGAUUAAAGAGGAGGAUUUAGGUCUGGAAGGAAUAAAGUGGCCACCAGAAGUCCUGGAUGUGGAGAGUAUUGAGCCAAAUGCCCAGAUGUUCAGCAACAAGCUGGAUCAGGCAGCUCCUCCAAAUUUGAUCACCGCCCUCCCACCGCCACCAGACCUCCAGUCCAGCUCCUCAGAGUUUCCAAGCAUCUUUCAUCUAGCAGAACCAGCCGCAGAAUCCCUAGCUCCUCCACACGUAGUCGGAGUCCAUGUUCAAAAUGGCCGGAGCGGUGCUGCCAUUCACACUUGUAAGUUCUGCAGUCAAACCUUCCACCUGCCCAGUCACCUGCGGCGCCACUACGGCCAGUGCCGCCAGAGGCUCCAGCAGCGCUGUCCGCAGCCCGUAGCAGGAAGCACCAGGACUCGGCUGCAGCUCUACCCACCAGGCUGCAGUCCCUUCCGAUGCACAGUGUGCAAUCGAGAGUUCAACCGUCAGGAGAAUCUAAAGACCCACCUUCGGAUCCACACGGGGGAGAGACCUUACACAUGCUCUGUCUGCUCCAAGUGUUUCCGCCACUCUGGAGCAUUAACCCGACACUUCCGCAUCCACACGGGAGAGAUGCCUUAUGUCUGCGGACAGUGUGGGAAGUGUUUCAGAAACUGUGGUGGGCUCAAAUUCCACCAGCGUUCUCAUAACAAGCAUUUAUCAUAGUCCUUGUUUAAUAUAUUAAAGAGGUUCUUCACUGAGAAACAAUUUUUUACUUAUUAUUUUUGAAAAUGAACAGUCACUGAGUUUCCAUGCAGGCUGAAUGUGAAAAUGGUGUCCUACGCAUAUCUCCUGCAUUAUCUUUUGGUAGAAAAAACAGUCUGCUGAUGUUCGGGGUGGGGGGUUAGUGUUCCGCUGAGGUCUGUGACAUCAUCGGGGUGGGGGUUACUGGACGACAGGAGGAACGGUUCUCUACUAGGACUUGGCUCUCAUCGUUCUCUUUGAAAGCACGUUCAAAAGACUCCACUUGUUCGUGAACGUCACAUCACUAACUUAACUAAUUUAUUAAUGAAACAAUGUUUUGGUAUUUAUUAAGUGUGUAAAUGGAUGAUUUUGAAUCAAUUUAGAAUUGCAGUUGUGGGUUUGUUUUCUGAAGUGAUAAUUGUUGCCCAGUAUUCAUGAAGGCUCAAAAUAAAAAUUUAAUCUUUGCUGCGCCUUUGCCCUUCAUUCAACGUGCUAUUUGUUUGUUUGAUUUAUUUGAAAUAAAGUCACUAAAUAAGCAGA